CUGAUCUCAAUGGAAAACAACACGAAUGGGAAGCUGUCGUAUUAGUUCCUUUUAUUGAUGAAGAAACUCUAUUAAAGUCUAUGAAAAUUGUCGAACACAAACUUUCAGAUGAUGAAAAAAAAAGAAAUUCACAUGGUCCUAUGUAUCUUUUUAAGUAUACCAAAGAAAAUAUGGGUAUAGUGUCAAACUCAAAGUAUUUUCCACCUAUUCAAGAAAGUCAUGCACAUAGAAUAUUGAUUAAUCGUGAAGAUAUUGCCGUUGAUCCUAAUGAUUUAGUUAAAGGUUUGUGUCCAAAUGUAAACUUGGAUGUUUAUCAUGUUGGGUUUCCUACUCUUCAUCUCAUACCAAUUACAGCUGAAUUACUCAAGAAAGGUGUAAAAGUUUUUCAAUCUUCAAGUUUGGGUGAAAACAUGAUUAUUAAAAUAAUUAAUCAAGAUGAAAAUAUUGAAGACAAUAUACAAUGUAUUGCUAAAGAGUUACUUGGCAAAACUGUGUAUGCUAAUUGGCCUCAUCUUGAAGAAAUCAAAGUUACUGCUAUAUCUAGCAAAUCUUUACUUUUGUCCCUUGAUGAUAAUGAGCAUUUCAUUGUUCGAGAUAUGGAUGAUUCAGCUUUACAGGAAUUCAAAUUACUUUCUCAAGGGUUUGCAAAAACGUAA